CAGCUAAACGUGGUGAAGAACCUGGCUUGCCAUGCCAUUUCCCCGCGUCCCCCGCAGAUUUACCCCAAAUGCCCCGGUAGUUUCUUUGUCCGCUUAAGCUAGUAAGAGUCCGGGGAACGAGGGAGACUUUUCCUCGUUUGUUUGCGAGGAAAGCCUAUAGGGGAAAGGGACACCGAGCCAGGUUCCUGUUGGUGUAAAGAAAAAGCAUGCCAUGAUGAAACACAACCCCGUGGAGUUACCCCAGACUGAGCACAGAUAUUCUGGGGCAAAAGACAGGCAGAUCCAAGGUAUAAGAGCUGAUCUGACGCCUGCCAGUCUCAUCUCUCUGCAACCCACGGACUCAGCGAUCUCAACGGCCAACCUCCUUCUUCCUACUUGCUGCAUAUCGCCAAUCAUCCCAAAUUCGUCCAGUCGUCCAAAAUACGCAAAGACAAGACCAUAAUGGCUCACGAGAAGAAGCAAGAUCUGGACCUUGAGUCCAAGCCCAACGACAACUUUGUCGAGAUGUCGACUGAAUAUGAGAAAGGCGGUGUAUUGCAGCCUGGAGCAGAUUACUCCGGUGCUGUGGCAAAAACAAGUGCAGAAGAGAUAGCUCUCGUCAGAAAGCUUGACUUUAGAAUCAUGCCGACACUUUGGUGCAUGUACUUCCUGAACUACCUCGACAGAAACGCAAUCGCCCAGGCCCGUCUGGAUGGUCUCGAGAAAGAUUUGGGUCUCCAGGGCUCCCAGUACAACACUUGCAUCUCCAUCCUCUUUGUCGGCUACCUCCUAAUGCAAAUCCCUUCCAAUAUGCUCAUGUCCUCGAAACACGUCCGGCCAUCCAUCUACAUGGCAAUCUGCAUGAUGGCAUGGGCUCUCGUCUCCGGCUGCACCGCCCUCGCAAAGAACUACACACACCUCGUCAUCGUCCGCUUCUUCCUCGGCGUGACCGAAGCCCCCUUCUACCCCGGCGCCAUCUACAUGCUCUCCAUCUUCUACACCCGCAAGGAGAUCGCCACCCGUCUCUCCAUCCUUUACUCGGGCAACAUCUUCGCCACGUCCUUCUCGGGUCUUAUCGCCGCCGCCGUCUUCAACACCAUCGACGGCAACCACGGGCUAAAGGGGUGGCAGUGGCUGUUCAUCAUCGAAGCAUGCUUGACCUUUGGCGUCGCCGUCAUUGGCAUUUUCACGCUCGCCGAUAGCCCUCUUACAACCCGCUGGCUGAAGCCUGAGGAGCGCCAACUCGCUCAUGAUCGUAUGCUCAGGGAUACCGUCGGCGUUGAAGAGAGUAAGGGUGCCAAGGCGGGCUUUAUGCAAGCCGUUCGCGACCCUCGUCUCUGGCUCCUUUGCUUCAUCCAAAACAUGCAUCUCUCCGCGUGCAGCUUCAACAAUUUCUUCCCAACCGUCGUCGGCUCCCUCGGCUUCAACGACACCAUCACUCUCGUCCUCACCUGCCCGCCGUACCUCAUCUCUGGUAUCUUCGGCUACCUCGUCGGCAUCUCCUCUGGUAAAUACAACGAGCGAACCUGGCAUAUCACUGCAUGCAUGGGUAUGGCUAUCGUCGGCUUCGUCAUCUCAUGCGCGACUCUCAACACGCCCGCGCGGUAUAUCUCCUGCUUCCUUUUCGCGUCUGGAGCGUAUGCUGUCAACUCGUGCAUUCUGGGCUGGGUUUCGGCGACGCUGGGAUCUACGCAGGAGAAGAAGGCCGUUAGUCUGUCUAUUGUGAACGUUAUCGCUAAUGCGUCGUACAUUUACACUGCUUACUUGUACCCUAAGAGCGAUGGACCUCGGUACCUUACUGCCAUGUCGAGCAAUGCCGCUUUUGCGUUUGCUUGUAUUGCUGGUACAUGGGCGUUGCGAUUCUGGUUAGUCUCUACGAACAAGAAGAUGGGCGCCAGCGGUACAAAGUAUGCCUACUGAAGGCUGGAAGAAUAGAUAUGGUCACGUUAGGAAGAGCAUGUACCACUACACCGCUUGAAAGCUGAUCGUGAUGAAGAGUUGUAUUGGAAUAUAUAUUAUUCAUAUGAGAAUGAGAGAUAUCGCAGCUACCAUA